GUACACGGGCGUCCUACUGGGGAUCCUUUGGCAUCGUGUCCGUAAGGGCGAAGGGAGUCUGCUGAGAAGAGGCAUUGCUGGGCCAAAACGAUACACACCUAGAAGGCAAGUUUGAACGGCCCGGGCCUCGGGGGGAAGGGCUAUCCCCUAUUAUAAUUUAACGCAGUCGGUGUCGUCGUCGUCGGCGGCGAAACGCGCGGUGUGCGAAGUGGUAAAAGCGAUGUCGGGCAGGCGGCGCGACUAGAACCCCAUGCAAGUGGGGAAUCGCUUCGUAAUGCUCCCAGGCAGCGUCGUUCUUACCCUAUAACGUGUACGUAGCACUCUGUACUCGGCUGUACGUGUGUCUAUGUGUCUGUGAGAGAGCUUAUUCCUUUUCUGUUUUUCGUCCGACGUCCCGCUUAUUCGCGUCGCGUUUCGCUUCUCAGGCAGCCGAGCGUUGCUUUUUUUACGCGGUCUUCGGUCGACUCGAGAAUAUUUUUAUUAAUUUUGAACGUUUUUUUUACGUCGUUGUCGUCAUCGUCUUCUUCGUGGUCGUCGUCGUCGUCGAGUAACUUGCGUAAUUUUUCUCUCUUAUCAAUGAUCAUAUGUUCUGAGUAUACGUUCGUACGGAGUACCUAUAUCAAACGAAAUGGAAAAUGUUAUCAUUUUGAAGAAUUUCAAUUCGUUGUGUCGUCUGUGUCUAGUCAGCGGUGUUGAAUUAAUUAGUAUAUUCGGCGAUGCUACUUUCGGCCUACGUUACGGAGAUGAACCAUUAUCUGUGAAAAUAACAGCGUGCACUUCGCUCGAGGUCUGUGAAAAUGACGAACUGCCGAAUUUUAUUUGUAAAACAUGUUCUAUGAAAAUUGUCCGAGCUUUUGAAUUCCGUCAGCAAGCUAAACGAUCGGAUGAGAUUUUACGUCGAUAUGUACAAGAUAAGGAAUAUAAACAAAAGCAAGAAAAUGCCGAAAAACAAUUACAACAGGUGUUACUGAAUAACAAAAAUGGAGACUUAUCGAAUGAAGUUGUCGCCGAAGAACUCGAAGUGGAGCCUUUAACAUAUUGCGUCAAAGUUGAACCAGAAGACGACGAAGAUGAGAAUUCCAAUCUCAUGGGCAGCGAAGACUGCAGUGAAGAAGGUAACGCUGAGCAAAACAUCGUCGCCGAUGUUGAUCCACUCAACAUGGAAGACGAUGAUUCAGAAGAGGAUCAAGAUCAAAUGCAGAAUCGGCCAAUGCUAGGCCAAGAAUUCGAACCUGUUUGGAUGAAUAAUGGAAACGAGGAGAAUGAAAACAGUGAAAAUUCUAGUCAAUGGAUAUGUCAAUAUUGUAAUUCGAGUUUUCCAACCGAAGAAAAGUUCAAUCGACACGCUUUAAUACAUACCUCGGAGCCACCAUUCCCUUGUGAUUACUGCGAAGAGAGUUUCGAAUUGAGAACUGAUUUAAAAGCACAUUGGAGAGUGCAUAGUGAUGGUAAUCCGCAUAUAUGUCAAAUGUGUGGAAAAUCAUUUCCAGACAGAAUGUCGUAUUUGAAACAUUCUGAUUUACACGAUCAAGUGAAACCAUUCCGAUGCCCCGUCUGCCAGAAAUCCUUCUGUUACGGAUCUGAUCUACGAAAACACGCUAUAACUCAUACAGGAGUUCGUCCUUACGUAUGCUCAGUAUGCGGAAAUUCCUUCACUCGGAGUACUAGUCUGAAUAAACAUUUACGAAUGCAUAACGGAAAUAGGCCAUUUUCGUGUUCAGCGUGUCCGAAAAUAUUUGGAUCAAGGGGUGACUUGAAAAGGCACCAGAUAAUUCAUAGCGGGAUUAAGCCUUGGAUAUGUACUGUGUGCUCGGUGCCUUUUAACAGAAAAGAUAAAUUAGUCAGACACGAGAAACUUCAUUCCGGCGAGCCGAGACCAUUCCAGUGUUACGAAUGUCCUACGUCGUUUAGUCGUAAAGAAGAUUUAACGAAACAUAUUCAAUUUCAUCAUUAUAAACCGCCUCCUAACAUGGAAACAUCCGCAACCAAUAAUACAGAAGAAGAAGCCAUAGAAAACAGCGCAUUGGACCAAAUAAGCAAAUCGGACCUAGAACGAGGAAAUCGAACAUUCAGAGCUUUAAUUCGCGAAGCUUUCAGUGGUACUCAAACUAAUGGCUGGAAUCCUGCCCCUACAACGGUGAAUGUUAUAAAUACCGCUGUCGUAGAACCUAAACCAGAAAACAUUUUCAAAUGCGACAUUUGCCAUAAGAAAUUCUCGCAGAAACACUCAUUGGAUUCUCAUAAAAAAAUUCACACUGCCGUUAAACCAUACGGAUGUUCGAUGUGCGAAAAAUCCUUCUACAGAAGGCGCGAAUUAACCAGACACGAGGCAGUUCACACCGGUUAUAAGCCAUUUUCAUGCGGCGUCUGCGGAAAAUGUUUUUCUCGCACGGAUAAGUUGAAUCGACACGUGCAAACGCAUCAGUAUAAAAGCGUAUUUCGUAAUCAUAAAUGCGAAGCUUGCUCUUUAAAUUUUCGUACCGAACAAGAGUUAUUGAAACAUAAACCGCUGUGCAAACCUGAAAUCAAAGAUGACGAAUUCUACCCUGAAGUUAUCGUCAAAUCAGAAGAAAACGACGACGACGCACAAAUGGAAAACAAACCGAUCGAUAUCAGUAAUUUCAAAAUAACUAAAAAGAACAAAGAAUUAGAUUCCAGGGAAACGUUGACCAAGUUGAAUAAAAAUCCUGAAAUAUUAUUAUUACCGAUAAUAUAAUUAAAUGUUCUCUCUCGCUCCCUGUUGAUCUAAAAAAUAAGAGUAAAAAUCUUGAAAUUUUAUUUUUUCAAAAGUUUUGGGUCAACUUUUAUUUAUUUAUUAUUAGGUACCUACCUUUUGUGAUUUGCUAGUCUCGUAAAUGGUCAGUCAAUUUAUUCUAAUGUGUUAUGUUAUUUAUUAAAAGUACUUGGGACCAGAAAAAUAAAAACGAAAAACGUAUCGAAGUACAUAUUAUGCAGUAUCAUUUUAAUUCAGAUGCCUGCUUAAGGUGCCAAAAAACUGAUGCAAUGUAUUCUCUAUUACAUAUGACACUUGAUUGAUAUUCUGGGUAAAAAUUUCGUAUUUAUUACCAAUUAGAAUAGGUACUUGCGUUAUUGGUGUUAUUUUAAUGUUCAGACUUUCAAGCAUGUCUGUAUACUCGUACAGUUAUUUUUGAAAACUAUCCAGCGCUUCAAUUGUUUUAAUUAUUUUUUAUAUUUCGUGUAAAUUUUGAUUUCCUACUUGUUUAAAAUGUGCUGUAUAUAUAAGCCACUCAAAAUAUAAAUAUUUAAUUUUGACGUUCAA